AUGGAUGGUUGCUUCGUCGACAUCCAUUCCUCGGUUUUCUCUACUGACAGUCUUCGACAGGUGCUCAUGACGCACGCCAAGAAGCUCGAGAGACGCUGCGACUUGUGCUUUGUUGAUGCGCACCUUACUUUCAUGGAACAGCGGGUCACCUUCACUCUGGAAGGCCUCGAAGCGUCGAGACGAGAUGACUUGCGCAUCAUUGACGAGAGAUUUAAUGUUGAACUUCUUGGUAACGUACCCGUCCUUGAUGGUCUACUAGAUAUUAUUUCGCAGGAGGUGGCUCUGAUGAAGGCGGAAGCCCUAGGCCUGCUUCACGAUUAUCGCAAGGUGGAAGACUUCAAGAAGGCUCUUGUGCAACAGUCUGUAUACAUUCCCAAGAAAAUCAACGAUCCUUGGCAGAUCAUUGGAUUGACUGCAAAGCCCACAGUUCUUAACCAGUGCACUGUGGACGCGAUUAAUCGCUUGAAAGAUCGGAUGUAUCCUAUAUCGGAGAAAAUCACUUUGGGCAUCAAAGAACGAGAGGGGUAUCUGAAGAAAUGGGAAGGGAUCAAGAACAGCCUUGUUGAUAUUUAUGAUCAUCCCGAUGAUGAUCUUAUGUAUAAAAACUGA